AUGAACGUUGUCUUGGAGUCUACUUUUUUCUAUGCCGAUGAGGAUCGUGUGCUACCAACGCCAACGGAGAUUAGAGCGAUUAAUGAAGCAUUCGGAGAUCCUAGCAAAACCUUCAAACCGCGAGCCGCACCGGUAAAAUUGCCGUCACUGGGUCUAUUUAUCAAAUACGGAAGCCGGGUAUUCGUUACAGAGGCUAAAACGCAACAAUGGUUGCAUACAAUCCUAAAGGGUCGUGUGCCUAUCCCCGAGGUCUUUGGCUGGACCGAGGAUGAUGGGCAAACCUUCAUCUAUAUGGCUCUAGUUGACGGUGAUAUGUUGAUGGACAGAUGGGAGAGCCUAGACGAGAAGGAAAGACAGUGUAUUUGUCACGAGCUGAAUUAUAUGGUCCAGCAGUGGAGAGAGGUCUCUAUUCCACAUAAUGCGUCAGAAUCUUAUAUCGGCAGUUUAGACAACGCGUCACUCCAGGAUAUCUUUCUGCUAGAUCACCCUGAAUGUGCUGGGCCCUGGAGAGGAGCAGAUGCUGUGCAGAAAUUCCAGGAUGCCUGUGAUAUCAAGGCCAGUAAUACUAUCCCGGUUCGCUUCUCGCAUGCGGACCUUCUACCCCCUAAUAUCCUUCUUACCCCUGGACCGAGUCCGAAGGUGGCGGCAAUAAUUGACUGGGCCCAAGCAGGGUGGUACCCGGCGUAUUGGGAGUAUUGUAAAGCGCGUUGGAUCACUUUGGCCCCUGAGGAUUUUGAUCCAUCCCUCCUGGAUGAAUGGCGUCAAAAGUAUCUCCCGCUGUUUCUCAACCCGGUGGACGAGAAGACAGAGUACCAUCCCUGGAUUUGGUUUGUCUUGACAAAGGGGCUUUAG